GACAUAAACUUUCUUUUUACUUCUGUCGAGGAAACAACAAGCAACAUGAGUUCCCUCAAGCUCCAGAAGAGGCUUGCAGCCUCGGUUAUGAGAUGUGGCAAGAAGAAGGUGUGGUUGGAUCCCAAUGAAAUCAACGAGAUCGGAAACACCAACUCCCGCCAGAGCAUCCGCAAGCUGAUCAAGGAUGGUCUGAUCAUCAAGAAGCCAGUUGUGGUGCAUUCUCGUUUCCGUGUCCGCAAGAACACAAUUGCCCGUCGUAAGGGUCGCCACUGUGGCUAUGGAAAGAGGAAGGGUACAGCGAACGCUCGUAUGCCCCAGAAGCUGCUGUGGAUGAAUCGCAUGCGUGUCCUUCGUCGUCUGCUAAAGAAGUACAAGGAAGCGAAAAAGAUCGACCGUCAUCUGUAUCACGAUCUGUACAUGCGCGCGAAGGGUAAUGUGUUCAAGAACAAGCGUAUCCUGAUGGAGCACAUCCAUAAGCGAAAGGCUGAGAAGGCUCGCACGAAGAUGCUUAACGACCAGGCUGAAGCUAAGCGUAACAAGGUGCGCGAGGCUCGCAAGCGGCGUGAGGAGCGUAUUGCCAACAAGAAAUUGGAACUGCUGCAAACCAUUGCCAAGGAAGAGGAGACCGCACAGCAGGUCGCUGCUACCGGAAAGAAAUAGACUGCUCCUGGAUUAGAGCAGAACAUUUGAAUUUAAUUAAAGAUUGUAUGUUUAAGGAAGUUCCGAAACGAGAGACAUAAAAAAAAAUGGAAGAGGUAUGUUGGAAACUAUAGAUAUGGGUUCUGAAUAUAUUUCUUCGAUGAAAGAGA